UUACUAGUGUUUGGUUUGAGGUUAUGCUCGUAUGUUUUGUUAGCGUUAGAGGUUAUAUUUUAAAAUAAAUAAUUAUCAUUGCCAAUUCAGCGUUGAAAGUGAGAGUAAUUUAUAAUGCAAAAAAUUAAAACUUUAGAAUCUAGUUCAAUCAAGUAUUGUGACAUUUUCUUAGUUAACAAAAAACAUUUGAAUUAAAACUUUAAACUUUAGGUGCUAUAAAAUCAUCAUGAGUUUUAAAAACUUUAAAGUUUUCAACUUUAAACUUAUUUAUUCUUUAGGAAGAUAUUAUAAGGGCUUAUCUUUCUAUUCUACUGCUGAGAAAUCUCUUCCAGAUUCCCCUAUGUUUGUAUUUGAUCGACAGUCCAAACUUUUACAAAAAGAAAGAGCUGCACAGAGUCUUCAACCACACAUCUAUGACUACUUGAAGGACGAAGUGGGUUUCAGAUUAGCUGAUAGAAUAUUUGACAUUAAAAGAAAAUUCAAGUUAGCAAUUGAUUUAGGCUGUGGGCGAGGACAUGUGACAAAAAAUGUUACAGCAGACGCUGUGGAGAAAUUAAUAAUUUGUGACAGCAGUCCUAGUCAGCUUGAACAAGCAGCCUCUCCUGAGAAAGGAGUUGAUUUUGAACGAGUUCUUCUUGACGAAGAGUCGCUAUUCCCAUUUGAAGACAAUUCUGUAGAUUUGGUUAUUAGCAAUCUCUCUCUUCAUUGGGUAAAUGAUCUUCCUGGUGUGUUCUCUAAGAUAAAGAACUGUUUGGUGAAUGAUGGUGUCCUUCUACUGUCAUUAUUUGGCGGCGACAGCCUAUAUGAAUUAAGGUGCUCUCUGCAACUGGCAGACUUGGAGAGAAAAGGUGGUGUAUCAGCACAUAUAUCACCGUUCGUGAAACCGCAAGACUUGGCCUCUUUGUUGCAUAGAUGUGGCUUCAAUAUGAUUACAAUUGACGUGGAUGAAAUCUGCAUAGGAUACCCUUCAAUGUUUGAGCUGAUGAACGACAUCAAAGGCAUGGGUGAGAAUAAUGCGGCCAGCAAGAGGAGUGUGCACUUGGACCGCGACACGAUGUUUGCGGCAGCCGCCAUCUACCAGGAGUUGUACGGCAGGGAGGGGGAAGGUGGGGGCGGGGGUGUGGCGGCCACAUUUCAGAUAUUGUAUGCGGUCGGCUGGAAGCCAGAUGCCAGCCAGCCGAAGCCGGCCCAGCGAGGCUCGGGUCAGGUGUCUUUCAAGGACAUCGGCCGACUCGAUCAGAUCGCUUCUAAAACUGGCCAAAUCGAUCUAGGCAAAUCUGAAUAACACUAUUAGUUACUGUAUUUAUUAUUGAUUAGUUCAUUAGUGUGUUAUUUAUUUGUUAGGAAAUAAAAAUUUCAAAAUCUUCAUAUUA